AUGUAUAAGCGAACGUCUACGCCAGCAAAACCUCAUUCAUGUAAGGUCGGAAUAACCAAAUCAGUGGGUAUUCAAACACAAUGGCAAAACUAUGAUCAAAUAGUCCUUGAAGGAAAAACAAUGAAUGAUACGGAAUUUGAAAUGUUCAUUAAAGCUCAAAUCCGUGCCGAAAAGCAGUAUUGGAAACUGCUGGCGGAACGCGCACGAUUGCAACUCGAAGACCAAUUGCACGAGAACCAGCAACUUCACCAAUUACUUGAUGAACUGACAAAAGAAAACGAACAACUGCAAAUCAAGAGUGAACAAUGUGAAUACUUAAAUAACGUUUUUAAUUCAAUUAUGUCAGAGAACGAUAGUGGAAUUGAAUUACACACGACCAAUGAAUCUCAAACGCAUAGUUAA